AUGUUUAAUAAAGAUAAAGAGGUGAAAGUGAGUUUGGAAUCUUCUUCUGUUAAAUCUCGUUCUGGUUUUUUAAGAAAUAGAUUAUCAAAAAUAGCGCAUGUAAAAAAUAGUUUACCUAUUAAACAAAAGAAUAUAUUUAAAGAUAGUGAUUUUAAGAGACAUUUUGUGCAAUACAGGAGGGUUGUCUUUGUUUUUGGUAUAAUUGUUGGUGCUGUUAUAACUGGAAUAUUUAUUAAGCGAUCAAAUAUUGUUGAUUUUGAUUGGGACUUUCUCCUAGGUUUUACUGAUAUCGGGGAUUUUAUGGAAGAGCUGCGCAAUAUUCUACCUGCUUCUGUGUUUGAUGAUGCUAAAAAAUUAUCAUAUUAUGAUAAGGAUUCUGAUUAUGAAGCUUUUUUUGUCGGAAAUCGUUUACGAGAGCAAGGAUAUAAGCCAUACUUCAAUGUUAUUAUAGUUCCUGGUGUCAUAUCUACAGGUCUAGAAAGUUGGUCUACAUCUAAUUGUUCGAGUUUGCCUUAUUUUAGAAAGCGUUUAUGGGGAAGUUGGACUAUGCUUCGUGCUAUGUUAAUGGAUAAAAAAUGUUGGGUGAGCCAAUUAAUGCUCAAUGAGACUACGGGUCUUGAUCCAGAGGGUGUAAAGCUUCGUGCUGCUCAGGGAUUAAGUGCUGCCGAUUUUUUUGUAACAGGUUAUUGGAUAUGGAAUAAGAUUAUUGAAAAUCUUGCUGCUAUUGGUUAUGAUCCCAAUAAUAUGUUUAGUGCAGCAUAUGAUUGGAGGUUAUCUUUUUUAAAUCUUGAAGAAAGAGGUAUUUUUCAAUAUUUUUUUAUGAAUAAUGGUUUAUCUAUGUUUUUAAGAUCAUUAUUUCACCAAGCUUCUAUUGAAAUUGCAAAAGCUACUUCUGGGAAAAAAUCGGUUAUAAUAUCGCAUUCCAUGGGUAGUCAAUUGACAUUGUGGUUUUUAAAAUGGGUAGAAGCAGAUGGAUAUGGUAAUGGUGGAAAAUCAUGGGUUAACGAUCAUAUUGAAGCAUUUAUAAAUAUUUCAGGAUCACUUUUAGGUACACCUAAAGCUGUAACUGCUUUACUUUCUGGUGAAGUAAAAGAUACUACACAAUUAAAUGCAAUUUCUGUUUACGGAUUGGAACGUUUUUUUUCUAAGUUUGAGAGAGUACAACUUUUAAGAAGUCUACCUGGGAUUGCUUCAAUGCUUCCAAAGGGUGAAAAUGUUAUAUGGGGAAAUGCAACAUGGGCACCUGAUGAUUUAUAUAUAUCAAAUGUUUAUAAUCUUUCCUUUGGUUCUUUUAUUAAUUUUCGAAAAAAUUCUAAAACAUCUAUUUUAAAAAAUUUAACCAUGUCUGAUUCAAUGGAUUAUUUGAUAAGUCAGACUUCUCAUACUUUUCAUAAGAUGUUAAGUACAAAUUAUUCACAUGGUAUUUCGUGGACAGAAAAGAGCAUUGAGAUGAAUAAUAAUCGACCAGAAAAAUGGAUUAAUCCUUUAGAAGUGAGUCUUCCGAAUGCACCAAAUAUGAAAAUAUAUUGUAUUGGCAAACCUACCGAAAGAGCUUAUUGGUAUGAUGAGGGUCCAAAAGAUAGCAAUUUAUCGAAGGAUUCUGCUAAAGUCGAUUUAUGUGAUUGUAUAAAUAACACUAUGAGAAUAUUUUCUGAUCCUGAUAUUUUUGGUCAAACACCAUUUAUUGAUAAUACUGUUAAUAUUAAACCUUAUACGGAAAAGGGCGUAGUAAUGGGUGAAGGCGAUGGCACCGUUAAUAUUUUGAGCACUGGCUUUAUGUGUGUUAAAGGUUGGAAACAACGUCGAUAUAAUCCAGCAAAUAUAUCAGUUAUUGUGCAUGAGAUGCUUCAUCAGCCUGAUAGACAUGGUCUUCGUGGAGGAUCUAAAACUGCUGAUCACGUUGAUAUUCUUGGGAGAUCUGAAUUAAAUGAAUUAAUACUUCGUAUAGUUUCUGGUAAUGGAGAUACGUUAUUGAAAAAUAAAAUAUUAUCAAAUAUAAUGCAUUAUUCUGACCAAAUAAAUAUUGAUAAUAAAGAUUAA